UAUAUGACAAUAUCUACUUUGGAUCACGUGCUCCUUGGAGCGACUAAGACGGAUAGCGCGUCAUCUCGCCUCCCCAAAUUUUUCCCCCUCUGCACAUCGGAUCCAAAACAUCUAGCCAUAGGAGCAAGAAAAGGAGAAAGAUGUUUAACUCAGUGAACCUAGGAAACUUCUGCUCUCAGUCGCGUAAAGAGCGGAGCGCUGACUUUGGAGACAGAGCAGGUUGCGCUUCUAAUCUCUACCUCCCCAGCUGCACCUAUUACGUCCCAGAAUUUUCAACUGUGUCAUCUUUCCUGCCACAGGCCCCCUCUCGCCAAAUCUCUUACCCUUAUUCCACUAACCUCUCGCAAGUGCAGCCAGUUCGAGAGGUCUCCUACGGGCUAGACCCCUCUAGUAAAUGGCACCAUAGAAGCAAUUACGCAUCGUGUUAUUCCGCAGAAGAUCUGAUGCACAGGGAAUGUAUCCCGCCUUCCACCAUGACCGAAAUGCUAAUGAAAAACGAGAGCGUGUACAGCCACCACCACCCCAGCUCCAACCAUCCUCCAUCUACGGGAUUCUACUCCAGCAUGAACAAAAACACUGUCCUGCCCCAAGGCUUUGACCGCUUCUUCGAAAAUGCCUACUGCGGGUCGGAGAACCCGCCCGAGAACUGCCUCCAGAAGGGCGAGAGCAAGCUGGAGUCCGAGUCCCAGCCCAAUGCACUGUCAACCCGAGGAGAGCAGGGCAUGGACCCGGAAGAUGAAGAGGAGAACACAAACCCAGGGUCUUCAGCCUCGUCCUCUUCUGUCAACAAGGAAGGAAGCAAAAACAGCAACUCGAGUGCUCCCCGUACAAGAAAGAAGAGGUGUCCUUAUUCGAAAUUCCAGAUAAGAGAGCUAGAAAGAGAAUUUUUCUUCAAUGUCUAUAUAAACAAAGAAAAGAGGCUCCAGUUGUCUAGGAUGCUAAAUCUUACUGAUCGACAGGUUAAAAUUUGGUUUCAGAACAGAAGAAUGAAAGAGAAAAAAUUAAGCAGAGACCGGCUGCAGUAUUUUUCUGGAAACCCCUUGUUGUGAACUUGUUUUUAACUCCCCUCUGCUGGUGAAGUGUAUCUGUAUUAAGGAGGAACAUUGCAAGCAUGGGUUGUCUUUUGAGUCGACAAGCAAAGUUUGAGCCUUUUCGUUACUCAUAUUUGUAUGUAUGGGACAGUUUCAAGUAACAAAAGGAGAUCAAUAUGCUUUCAGUUCCCUACAGCGGUCAAGGACUUGGAAACCAUGAACAUUUUUAUUUAACGUUUUGUCCAAACGAUUGGGAUUCUGCUUUUAUUUUUUAUUUUUUAUCGUGAUUCUUAUUUAGCCACCUCUCUCCAUGUGAUCAAACCACAGUGCUGUGUUACUCUGAUGAUGACUGAAAGAUGCAGUUAUGUCUUCUCUCAAGACCGGCCAGUCUCCCUAUCUGAUUUAGUUGCCUGCAUUUUGGAGGGAGGGAGGGGGUGGGGGGGCUGAGUGUGUGCGAGGCUGUGUGUGUACAUACACAUGUGUGUCUAGUCACAACCACAUACGCACAACCCAUUUGUGCUCUCGUGCUUAUACAUGCCAAGGGUUGUCGAAACCUAAUUUAAAUAUUCUGUCCAGCUACAGAACGACUUCAUUUCACCCUCCCCUUUCUCUAUACAUCUUUAUAUAUAUAUAUAUAUUUAUAUACAUAUAUAUAUAUAUAUAUACACACACAUAUAUCCACAUAUAUUUGGGCGUGUGUAUAUACAUAUAUAUAUAAUAUAUAUAGUCUAUGCAGCCCCAUUUGUACAUGUUUUGGCUGGGUGGGGAGGGAGGAGAGGAAAUACAGAAGACAAAACAUUUGCAAUAACUGUCUCGAGAUUGUUUGUAAAUACAUUUCGUAAUGCAUUUUUUUUUCCGGAUCUGGGAGACAAAGAGCAAACCAGAGGAAAAGGAAAAGAGUAAAAAAAAAAAAAGAAUUAAAAUAAUAAUAAUAAUAAGUAAAUCUUUGUGUAUGUAAAGUGAAUCCCCGGGAAACUCUGUGACAUUCUGUGGCAAAUAAAGACAUUGCAAGCUGUUCUACAUUAUGAUUUUAU